AUAGGGCUAGAGUAUUUUUCCGGUCGACCUAGUGCGAAGCCUUGCGAAAUGAGGGCUUUUAUCUUACUCAUGAUCAAUUCUAAACCUUCUCAUGCUAAACGUCGCAUAGGAAUACGAAAAACAUGGGGCGAUAAUACUGAAUUGAAUGCUAAAGCCAAACACCAGUACGCUUGGAGGACGUUGUUUGUUGUUGGCUAUUCUACCAACUCUCGAUUAAAUAAAGAAGUAGAAAAAGAAUCUGCGAAAUAUGGCGAUAUGAUAUUAGGGAACUUUAUCGACCAUAUGCAAAACCUAACUGAGAAAAGUAUCAUGUCCAUGGCUUGGGCUAAUCGCUUUUGUAAACCAAUUUAUAUGUAUAAAGGUGACGAUGACGUCUUCGUUAAUGUAAACCUAUUAUUUAAUUUCAUGCAAGGCCAAGCUCGAAAUAACAGAGUUACUCGAUUCUGGAUAGGUAGAGUUGAUGGUUCAACACUUGCACGUAGAGUAGUUCGUAAGAAAAAUCAUAAAUAUUAUGUCUCAAAGGAUGAUUAUCCACACAAGUUGUUCCCCCGUUUCUGUUCAGGAUUUGCCUAUGUUAUGUCGGGUGACGUAAUUGCUACUUUUUUAAAGCAUGUUCCAACAACGAAAAAACUCAAGACAGUCGAUGAUGCUUAUAUU